GAAGAACAAGCAAGCACGCACGCACACACAGAGGAACAAGCAAAAGGUAGAAAGAAAUACAAAGACCUUACCCGUUGACCUAGGCGGGAUGAGUGAUCAGUGUCUAGAAAAGCCACGCCCUUGCACGCUGCCGUCUUUCGUCCAACUGCUCGCUUGUGCUUUUUGCCCACGCAUACCCCCGUGGCUCUUCCGCUGGACCCCGGAGUCUUCACUUUCGUUUACCUCAUCUGCAAUUCUCUCCACCAACACCAAAUAGCUCAUCACAGCCCAUAACACCAUAAACACCACACGGGAUCAUUAGCUUUUGGCCGACAGAUUUUUAAAAUUAUUUUUUGUAUCUAAACACUUUCAAACUUCAGACAAACAUCAUCCCCUUCGAAAUAGUUACCUUACGCAGCAAUAUAUCUUCAUAUAUCCUUUUGAUUUCAUAAACCUUUAAUUUGUCAAACUUUUUUGCCUCCACCAUAUGUCACGUAAAGAUUCUAUCUAAAAUACAAAGGAUCUACCUCUGUUAUUUUUAUUUUUCCAAGAAUUUCUUCAGAUUCCUAUGUUUUCAAUAACGGUGAUUACGAUUUGGCCCUAUCAAGAAGCUGUAUUUUUUAUUAGGUACAUUUAACGUAUGUCACCGGUAUCAUAUUGCCAAUGACACCGCCUACUUCGUACUCUUAUAGUAUGAAAUAGCAUUGAAAAAAAUGCUGUUAUCGCAUCAGUAAUUUAUUAAUCUUUAUAACUUCAACUGAUCUGUGUAUAUUUGUGUAGCGACUAUCUCAUGUUAGGAUGAACUCUAACAUUUAGGAAUAACCUACACGUUUCAAAGUCGGUGUUCCACUCUUUUAUGAUUUCAUCCGAAACAGCUUUAAUGGGACAAAGAAAAUUGGAUUUAAACUGUCAACAAUUAAGCGAUUAGCUUUCCUGGUCCUUAUCUCUCUUAAAAUUAAACUAGAAAUUUCUUUUUCGAUUACAAGAUGUUCAUCUCUUUGGGAGGACCCAUUCCGCAACGAGCGUUCUGGUGGUAAAAUAGUAAAAAAAAAUAUCUAAACCUAAUUUUUUUCACACAUGUUAACAGAGUCCCAUGAUAUGGAAGAAAAAAACUGAACCAUAAUUGAUUAUAUAUAUUCAGACAUCUCUUGGAUCUUAAGCGGAUAUAAAUAUGGAAGAUGUUAAUCACACAACUGUUUCUACCAGUGUAGAUACAGUUAUACAGAUAAACAGCGAUGAAAAACCUUUACGUAGUGCAACAUUUACUAAACAGAGAACAUUAUGCAGAAAUACUCCUGAAUAUCGCCUUGAGAUUUGUAAAAAAGUGUUCUCUUCAGAACAUGAAACCUUUACUCACAACGAAAUUCAUAACAGAGAAAAACCUUAUCACUGUGAAAUAUGUGGAAAAUCUUUUCUAUAUAACAGUAAUUUAACCAGUCACAAAAGGGUACACUCUGGAGAGAAACCUUUCCACUGUGGGACAUGCGGGAGAUCCUUUGUCCAGAAUAGUAAUUUAACAACUCACAAACGAAUACAUACUGGCGAAAGACCUUAUUCCUGUGAAAUAUGUGGAAAAUCUUUUGCUAAUAAUAGUGAUUUAACCCGGCACAAAAAAAUACACACGGGGGAAAAACCUUAUAAUUGUGAAAUAUGCAGAAAAUCAUUUACCACUAACAGUAAGUUAACAGCACACGUACGAAUACACACGGGAGAAAAACUACACCGUUGUGAAAUAUGUGGGAAGUUUUUUGCUAAGAAUUCGAAUCUUGUUAUCCAUAAACGUAGACACACCGGAGAAAAGCCUUACAACUGUGAAACGUGUGCGAAAUCGUUCAUUACUAACGAUCUUUUAAAAACACACAGAAGGAUUCACACGGGAGAAAAUCCGUUUAGCUGUGAAAUAUGCGGGAAAUCAUUUACUGUUAAAUCUAGUCUUGUGCUUCACAAAAGAUUACACACGGGAGAAAAACCGUACCGCUGUGAAGUGUGUGGGAAAUCUUUCGUCACGAAUUCCAAGCUUACAUUGCACAUACGCUGUCACACGGGAGAACAGCCGUAUCGCUGUGAAAUAUGCGGGAGAUCUUUUAUCUCGAAUUCUAAGCUUACAGUUCACACUCGUAGUCACACCGGGGAACAACUACAGUGCUGUGAAACCUGUGGGAAAUCUUUUAUCAGCAGUAGCGAUUUAACAAGACACAAACGAAUACACACGGGUGAAAAGCCAUAUUAUUGUGAAAUAUGUAGGAAAUUUUUUGUCUCUAGUAGUUAUUUAGCAACUCACAGAAGAAUUCAUACGGGAGAGAAACCUUUUGGGUGUGAAAUAUGUGGGAAAUCCUUUGUGACAAAUGGUCUCCUAAAAACACACAGAGUAACACACACUGGGGACAAAGCAUAUCAUUGUGAGAUAUGUGGGAAAACUUUUAUAUCGAAUGGUCUCUUGCAAAUACAUAAACGAACACAUACUGGGGAGAAACCGUUCCACUGUGGGAUGUGUGUGAAAUCGUUUAGUACCAAUGGUCAGUUGACAACACAUAAAAGAAUGCACUCAGGAGAAAAACCAUACCAGUGUGAAAUAUGUGGAAAGUCUUUUGUUAAUAAAUCAAAUCUUGUUAUCCACAUACGUAGUCAUACUGGAGAAAAACCAUUCCGUUGUGAAAUAUGUGAGAAAUCAUUUGUUUCUAAUGGUUACUUAAAAACACACAAAAAAAUACAUACUAGAGCGGAACCUUUUAACUGUGAAAUGUGAAAAAACUUUCUCUUACAAAUCUGAAUUUAUAGUCCGUCAAGUAUGCAUUGGAGACCAUCUUGGUGAAAUAUUUUUGAAAUCAUUCCCUUCAAAUUUUCAUCUUGUAGUCUAUAAAUAUGCUUUCAUUUGAGAGAAACUCUUUCACUAAAAUGCUUAAAUUCUUAUUUGUGAAUUUAUUAACUUCUAGUUAAUAAAUGAACACAUUCAAAAUAAAGAAAAAAAGAGCUAUAUUAAUGUGAAAUAUAUGGGGAAUAUUUCAGUGUGAAAUAAAUCUUCUCUUGUAAUCCACAGUUGAAUACAUAUUGGGCAGAAAAUAUAACUUUUAUCAGUGUGAAAUAUGAGUAACCAGUUUCUCACAGCUGGAAGUAGAGUGGAGG